AUGGAUUUCCUCAAGUCUGCCGUUGCCUCUGCAAUUUCAAAGGGCCCAGCGUUUGGCUACACAUUUGGCGAUCGUGUCGACUUGAACGACUCCAUCUGGACGCUGCACAAUGGCACAAAGCGAGACGACGGCUCCAAGUGCAGCAUCUUUUCCUUUGACAUCACGGCAAACAAGUCUCGACUGCCUCUCGCCCGCAAUGCGCUCCGAAAGUUACGAACCCUGCGCCACCCAGGGGUAGUCAAAGUCCUCGAUACCGUCGAGACCGACACAUACAUAUACAUCGCCACAGAGCGACUCAGCCCGCUCAGCUGGCAUGUAAAGAGAAGGAGUCUGACUGAGGAAACUACCAAAUGGGGGCUGCACAACGUCGCAAAAACGCUUAAGUUCGUAAAUGCCGAUGCUGCAUCCAUACACGGCUGCAUCCGUCCAGCCUCCAUCUUCUUCAGUGAAAGUGGCGAGUGGAAGCUUGGCGGCUUUGAUGCGCUGAGCUCUGUGAAGGAGGAUGACUCCAUCAUACCCACCUAUGGCAGUCUCAUACCUGAUGCAGCACGAUACAUGGCGCCAGAAGUUUCCAAAGGAGGAUGGGAAGUUGUCAAGCAAAAUCCAACACACGCUCUGGAUGCGUACAACUUUGGUAUCUUGAUCUUUGAGGUUUUCACUGGCAACUACAACAGCAGCGACCAGUUGGGGCAAAUGAAGAGCAUCCCUCCAAGCAUGCACCAAUCCUACAAGCGCCUUCUCAAUCCCAACCCCAAAGCACGUAUGAGCAUCAGUCAGUUCUUGGACCAGGGAAAGCGUGUAGGCGGGUUUUUCCAAACACCACUGAUUCAGGUCACGGAUGAUAUCGAGAAUCUUGGUCUCAAAGCUGAGGACGAGCGGAAUGAGUUGCUUGGGAAGCUGGAUGCGGUCGCAGACGACUUUCCUGCUGAUUUCUUCAAGAUGAAGGUACUCCCCGAACUGCUCAAGUCAGUAGAAUUUGGGGGUGGAGGUGCCAAAGUAUUUGGUACAGUGAUGCAAAUCGGGCAGAAACUAUCAGAGGAAGAAUAUGAGGCCCAAAUCACGCCAGUCGUGGUACGAUUAUUCGCCAACCCUGACCGAGGCAUUCGUGUGUGCCUCCUGGACAAUCUGCCGCUGAUGAUCGAUCAUCUCCCACAAAAACUUGUCAGCGAUAAAAUCUUUCCGCAAAUGGUUACUGGGUUCUCAGAUGUCGCCCCUGUGGUCAGAGAACAGACAGUAAAGGCUGUUCUUACGGUAGUGCCUAAACUUUCAGACCGAAUCAUAAACGGCGAACUUCUCCGCUACCUAGCAAAGACUGCCAAUGACGAGCAACCUGGUAUCCGGACGAAUACUACGAUUUGUUUAGGCAAAAUCGCACGGAACUUGGGUGCAAGUAGUCGAGCUAAAGUUCUCUCUGCCGCCUUCUCACGUGCACUUCGCGACCCGUUCGUACAUGCACGAAAUGCAGCCCUUCUGGCAUUGGCUGCAACCGCGGAUCUUUUUAGUGAGGAAGACUGCGCAAAGCAACUUCUCCCGAUUAUGUGCCCGUCGCUCGUGGACAAGGAGAAGCUUGUGCGUGAUCAAGCUCAAAAAUCCGUUGAUGUAUAUAUUGCACGUAUCCGCAAGUUUGCUGCUACCAUGCCUGAGACUGUAUUGCCAUCGCCAGGACUUCCAACUGGUGCAGGAUCUUCGCCGCGCAUGGGGACCCCAGCCAACGACACUUCGUGGGCUGGCUGGGCUAUCUCAAGCUUUACAAAUAAGCUGGCAACAACAAGCGGACAGAUGCAAGCUGGCUCAGGGGCUAAUGGAGCAGCUGAUCAGAGGCCCUCUUCUGUUCCGGCUGUUACAACUCAACCACCAGUUCCGCUAGCAAGUAAGCCAGGCAUGACACUCCACAGCGCCAAGAGCACUGCGUCCAUACCCACCAUCGCAUCACCGGAUCUAGCCGCUGAUUUUGAUGAUGAGGCAGAAGACUUCAACAACGAUUGGGGCGGCUUUGUUGACGAAGAGGACAAAUCAAAAGAGGACGAGGAUCCAUGGGGCACGCCAGCAGUAUCAAAACCAACAUCUACUACAGUGUUUGAUGACAAGGGUGAGCCUGACUUUGCGGGAUGGUUAGCAGCACAAUCGAAUGCCAAGAAACCCAUCAAAAACACUCUACCCAAAGGUCUCACCAAGUCUACUACACCAGCCGUCAAGGCAUCCAGACCUGUGAUUGGAGGAAGGUCAAGUACAACAGGAUCGGCAAUGAGGAAGGUCGUUGUAGCACCGAAGGAGACCAAGAAGGAAGAGCCAAAGGCGAAUGAGGAGGAAGAGGAAGGGUGGGGCGAUGCAUGGUAG